CAUGUAGAAUGAGGAAUUACCCCACCCACAAUUUCUCACCGGAAAGCUUUGAUAUAUAUGUAUAUUGGGCAAAGGCUGAAGUUGGGGUUGAUAGUUACCGUUUAAACGCGUUUCGCCAGAGAGGACGAAGCUAAUAUUUGCACGCUAUUUAUCUCAAUUGUGUUUUUCGUCCAUGUCAAAUGUAACGUUACAGGCUGAGCAGAAUAAUACGGAUUUAUCGACUUUCAUUCCGGUCAAAAUGUCUAAACUACAGUUGCUGAACGUGUAUGUUACCGAACGACUAACAGCGGCAGUUGCAGAGAUAUCCGUGGCGGUCGACAGAACAGUAGUAGAGUUGUAUGAAGAAAUCUCCCGUUCUAAGGAGGAGAAUAACCGUCUGCGAAGGCUGUUGGAUUUGUUUUUUUUUAACCCAGAGAUAAAGUUAUACAGAGCAGAUCCCCAGCAGCUCACUUUCCUCAAAUCUGAAGAGGAUGUUCCCACCGAGCAGCAGGACUGUGAGCAAGAGUGGCGAGUCAGGCUGAUUCAUGAGGGCCCAGAGCCCAGACUGAUUAAAGAGGAACUGCUUACCAGUCAGGAGGAAGAUGAGCUUCUAGGGCUCUUGGAUACCAAAGACUCCAUAUUCACUUCUCCCUUUGUGGAAAGUGACUGUGAUCAGGAGAACCCAUCUCAGCCCUCACAUCUUUACCAAACCCAAACUGUGGAGGACAGAGAGAGGGGUUCUCUACUCACCAACACAUCUAUAGAGAUCAAAACAGAACCUGAUGGAGAGGAUUACAGAGUAUCAGAACCAGCCAGUGACUCUCAGCCCCUCUCUGCAGUAACUCCAGACUGUUCUGCAGCUCAGAGUGAAAACAGGAAAAGUGAUGAUGAGGUGGAGAGUGGAGGACUACAAUCAGGGUCUAAGACACUCGAAUCAAAGAGAAAACAGACAAAGAAAGGAGAAAGGUUCCAUACCAGUGCUGGAGGCAGGAGGGGUAAAUCCAAGAAGCGUUCGAACCGUAUGUGUGGGAAGUGUGAGCCAUGCAGGAGGACUGAGGACUGUGCUCAGUGUGAUUUCUGUAAAGACAUGAAGAAGUUUGGAGGACCCAGUAAGACCAGACAGAAGUGCAGACUCAGGCAGUGUGACGUCCACGCUCCGGGUGAGUCCAUUCCAUGCUCAGUUGACUCCAUUUACAUUUUGCAGACGCUCUUAUCCAGAGUGGCUUACAGGGCAAUUAGGGUUAAAUGCAUUGCUCAAGGGCACAUCGACAGAUUGAAUCCCAGAGCCGGCUAGGUGAACAAACUAGCGACCUUUCAGUUACUGGCCCAAUGCUCUGAACCGCUUGGCUACCUGAGUCCAUAGAGAAGGGUGCAUUUGGACCAUAGUUAGUUUUAGCAUGGGCAGCGCCCAAGCAACCACCAAACCUCACCAAAAGGAGGGGGUGCCUUUAUUCAUUUACAAUAUUGAAGCAUCUGACCUUAACCCAACACCUAGUGACCUCAUCAAGAGGUUUGGAUCUGUUUGUUAUCUAUGCAUAGUCACUUCACCCCUACCUACAUGUGCAAAUUACCUCAACUAACCUGUACCCCUGCACACUGACUCGGUACCGGUACUCCCUGUAUAUAGCCUCCACAUUGACUCUGUACCAGUACCCCCUGUAUAUAGCCUCCACACUGACUCGGUACCGGUACCCCCUGUAUAUAGCCUCCACAUUGACUCGGUACCGGUACUCCCUGUAUAUAGCCUCCACAUUGACUCGGUACCGGUACCCCCUGUAUAUAGCCUCCACAUUGACUCGGUACCGGUACCCCCUGUAUAUAGCCUCCACAUUGACUCGGUACCGGUACCCCCUGUAUAUAGCCUCCACAUUGACUCUGUACCAGUACUCCCUGUAUAUAGCCUCCACAUUGACUCUGUACCAGUACCCCCUGUAUAUAGCCUCCACAUUGACUCUGUACCAGUACUCCCUGUAU